AUGAAAAGAGACAUGGUUACGCCGGCAUCUUCGCUGUUUCUGUCGUGUUGUCGCGCGUAUCAGCUGAAGCUAGCAAGAAAGAUGGUGAAGGGACGCCAAGGAGAGCGCAUCAGACUCUAUGUUAGGGGUACGAUCCUUGGAUACAAAAGGUCCAAGUCAAACCAAUAUCCCAAUACAUCCCUGAUCCAAAUUGAGGGAGUGAACACCAAAGAAGAAGUAGGAUGGUAUGCUGGCAAGCGAAUGGCCUAUAUUUACAAGGCUAAGGUGAAGAAGAAUGGAAGCCAUUACCGCUGCAUAUGGGGCAAGGUUACAAGGCCUCAUGGCAACAGUGGUGUUGUUCGUGCAAAGUUCAAAUCAAACCUUCCUCCCAGAUCAAUGGGAGCACGUGUAAGAGUGUUCAUGUAUCCAAGUAACAUAUGA